AUGUUAUUCCCAACAUAUUUCCGGACGUUGAACGCUAAAGGCAUAACGCGCCUUUUCUGCACAAAACCCGCCGGGAUCCCCUACAAGGAACUAACUGUAUCGGCUCUCAAGGAAACAUUUGAGGGUGAACGACGUGUAGCGUUGAGUCCUGCAGCGGUGAAAGUGCUUUGUAAUAAAGGGUUUACUGUACAGGUGGAGAAAAAUGCAGGUGUUGGAGCUAAGUGGAGUGACGAAGAGUACGCGAGUGAAGGUGCAAAACUUGUCACUACCGAGGAUGCAUUUAAGGCGGAUAUUUUCCUCAAGGUACGACCACCUACACUCAAAGAAGCUGGUCUUAUGAAAGAAAAUUCUACAUUGAUAUCUUUUGUAUAUCCAGCUACGAAUAAAAUGGUUGUUGACGAAUUGGCGAAGAAACAUAUGAAUGUUAUUGCUAUGGAUUGUGUGCCAAGGAUAUCAAGAGCCCAGGUAUUCGAUGCCUUGUCCUCCAUGGCAAACAUUGCUGGAUAUCGUGCUGUUGUUGAAGCGGCUCAUCAUUUUGGUCGAUUCUUCACAGGACAAAUUACGGCAGCAGGAAAGGUUCCUCCAGCAAAAGUGCUAGUGAUAGGAGGCGGUGUUGCAGGGCUUAGCGCUAUAGGGACGGCCAGAGGGAUGGGCGCUAUAGUCCGUGGAUUUGACACUCGAUCGGCGGCGAGAGAACAAAUCCAAUCGUUAGGCGGGGAGUUCCUCACAGUGUCCAUCAAAGAAGAGGGUGAAGGAAGUGGUGGUUAUGCAAAAGAAAUGAGUAAAGAAUUUCUUGAGGCUGAGCUGGCUUUGUUCGCGAAGCAAUGUAAGGAAGUGGAUAUCAUUAUAUCCACCGCUUUAAUUCCAGGAAAACGAGCUCCUGUACUAAUCACUGAGGAUAUGAUUCGUUCAAUGAAGAGAGGCAGUGUUGUUGUUGACCUGGCAGCUGAAGCUGGUGGGAAUAUCCAGACAACUAGGGCUGGAGAGUGCUACACAAAGCAUGGUGUUAUUCACAUCGGUUACGUUGAUUUGCCAUCCAGACUUGCUACUCAGUCCAGUACGCUCUAUGCUAACAACAUAUCGAAACUGCUACUGUACUUAGGAGAAAAGGAUUCGUUUAAACUCAAUAUUGAAGAUGAGGUUGUACGAGGAGCUACCGUUCUACACAACGGCAAACUAAUGUGGCCUCCACCAGCUCCGGUUGAACCGGCAAAACCUGCUGAGAAGGAAAAACCCGCCGAAACAGCUGUUGUCGCCGUGGAACCGUCACCAUUUGCGAAAACCGCGCGAAGUGCAGCCGCCAUCACUGCAGGAUUGGGCACUCUUCCCGUGUUGGGAGUUGUGUCACCGAAUCUGGACUUCGCCGCAAUGACCACUACAUUCGCUUUGGCUGGAAUUGUUGGCUACCAUACCGUCUGGGGAGUUACACCAGCACUGCACUCACCGCUCAUGUCCGUCACGAACGCGAUUUCCGGAACCACAGCAGCUGGAGCGCUUUGCCUCAUGGGAGGUGGUAUGUUCCCCUCAAAUUAUGCUCAAUCGUUAGCAUUAGGAGCUGCUUUUAUUUCUUCAAUAAAUAUUGGCGGAGGAUUUUUGAUCACAAAACGAAUGCUUGACAUGUUUAAGAGACCAGGUGAUCCACCCGAGUACAACUAUAUGUAUGCUGUACCAGCAGCUUUAUUCUUAGGAGGAUACUAUUACGGAUUACAAACGGGCGCACCAUCUGCUCAUUCACUAGCAUAUCUUGGUUCUUCACUGUGUUGUGUCGGUGCCUUAGGAGGUCUUUCAAGUCAGAAAACGUCUCGUGUCGGAAAUGCUUUAGGUAUGACGGGUGUUGCUGGAGGUUUGGCAGCUACGCUUGGAGUCCUGAGCCCUGAUCAGGAUACACUCAUUCAAAUGGGAAGUGCCAUUGGUUUAGGAUUAGCAGCAACGUUGACAUGCCUAGCGGAUUUCAUUGCAGAACAUCCACAUUUUCUUAUGGAUCCUAGUGGUACUGCUGCCUCAAAGGUAUCGCUUUUCCUCGGCGCUUACAUCGGAGGUGUGACUUUCACUGGUAGUUUGAUGGCGUACGGAAAGCUUCAAGGUAUCCUGGGCUCGGCAGCCGUCUACCUUCCAGCACGUCAUGUCAUCAACAGUGCACUGUUGGCUGGAAAUGGUGUUGCACUGGGUGUAUACAUGUUGGAUUCAGAUUUCACUACUGGAUUAAGUAUGCUUGGAACAACAGCCGGAUUAAGUAGUCUUAUGGGGAUCACAUUGACCAUGGCAAUUGGAGGUGCCGACAUGCCCGUUGUCAUUACGGUGCUCAACAGUUAUUCUGGAUGGGCGUUGUGUGCGGAAGGAUUUAUGCUUAAUAAUGAUUUAUUGACUAUUGUUGGUGCCCUUAUAGGAAGUUCUGGAGCUAUUCUAUCCCAUAUUAUGUGCAAAGCUAUGAACCGUUCGCUAAUUAGUGUAAUUCUCGGUGGUGUAGGAACAAAAAGUCAAGGAACUGGAGCCGCGAAAGCAAUUGAAGGAACGGCAACGGAGACGAAUGUAAAUGAGGCAAUUGAAUGGCUUACAAAUUCUCAAUCGAUAAUUAUUGUACCUGGAUAUGGAUUGUGCGCCGCUCAAGCACAAUAUCCAAUCGCUCAACUUGCCAAAGAACUCACGGAUCGAGGAAUUCGUGUUCGUUUCGCAGUACAUCCGGUUGCUGGUCGUAUGCCUGGACAAUUGAAUGUUCUGCUAGCCGAAGCCGGUGUACCGUAUGAUAUUGUGGAAGAGAUGGAUGAUAUCAAUGAUGAUUUUGAUAGCACUGAUGUUGCACUUGUUAUCGGAGCGAAUGACACAGUUAACUCAGCAGCUGAGGACGAUCCCAACAGCUCAAUCGCUGGAAUGCCAGUAUUGCGUGUAUGGCGCUCGAAAAAGGUGGUUAUCAUGAAGAGGACGUUAGGAGUUGGUUAUGCGGCCGUGGAUAAUCCGGUAUUUUUCAACGAGAACACAGCGAUGUUACUCGGCGACGCAAAGAAGAUGUGCGAUCAGCUGCUGGCAGCCGUUCAAUCCACACCACACUAG